CAUCCUGCCGGUGCUCGAACGCGCGUUUGUUUACAUGUCGAAAUCCAGCGACACCAGUGACCGCCUCAUCCCCGUCGCUUAUUUAUUAAACCAUUCCGUUGCCGUAGGAGAUAAUGGGGCAGACCUUAAGUGAGCCAGUCACCCAGAAAGAGACUUCCCGGUGUGAGAACUCUUGGCUGCGUGUGGGGUCCUCUUGUAUGCAAGGAUGGCGCGUAAACAUGGAAGAUGCACACACGACAAUUUUGUCUCUGCCCGAUGAUCCUGGAACAGCGUUUUUUGCAGUAUAUGAUGGACAUGGAGGUGCUAGAAUUGCUCAGCAUGCUGGCAAACAUUUGCACAAAUGUAUUCUGAAGAGACCGGAAUAUAAAAGUGGUGAUAUCGAAAAAGCUAUUAAACAGGGAUUCCUGGAUCUUGACUGUUUUAUGCAGACAGAUGAAGUACUGAAAGAUGAGCUAGCUGGUACCACAGCCAUUUGCUGCCUUCUGCGCGAUGGCAAAGUUUAUUGCGGUAACGUAGGUGAUUCACGGGCCGUAGCAAGUGUCGCAGGGCGAGUAGAGGAACUCAGCAGUGACCAUAAACCGAGCUUAGCAUCCGAGCAGCAGCGCAUCACUGCAGCAGGAGGCUGGGUUGAGCUCAACAGAGUGAAUGGAAACCUAGCUUUGUCGAGAGCCCUUGGUGAUUUCGUCUUCAAAAAGAAUGAACUAAAAGGUCCAGAAGAUCAAAUAGUCACAGCUAAUCCUGAUGUUGAAGCCCGAGAAAUAUCAGAUGAGUGGGAGUUUAUACUAAUUGCUUGCGAUGGUAUCUGGGAUGUCAUGACGAAUCAGGAAGUCGUUGAUUUUGUUAGAAUGCGUUUAGCCCAAGGCAUGGAGCCAGAAGAUAUCUGUGAAGAUCUAAUGACAAGGUGUUUAGCGCCGGACUGUCAGAUGGGAGGGCUAGGCUGUGAUAACAUGACGGUGGUGUUAGUCUGCUUUACGCAUUCAGGAUCUUGGCGUGAGCUGCAGGAAAAAUGUGCCCAGCCAUCACUUAACAUGAUGAGCGAGUCAUCACUAGAUAACGAUAGUGACUAUGAUAUACAGUGAGCUUUUUUUGGUGGUAAUUUCUUAUUAUGCUAAGCAAGAAUGAAAGGAUUAGGUUUUAAAUCGCCUGGGUGCGUGCAUUCAACAGAGGCAUAAGUUUUAGUUAUGUGCAGUCAGUUCUUUGGUAAUGAAAGUAGUAGUUGAAUUGUAAUGAGCACAGUGAAUGAAACAGUUUACUGUACUUAACUGACCACCUCUUGGCAUUCAUAUAAGGAAAAUUGUUCAGUCUUUUAAUGUUGUUUUAACUGCAUUUAAAUAUUUUAAAAUUUCUAAGAGGUCAUGUCAAUUAGCAAUAGGGUUUUAUUGAGCACGUUACAGAAAUAAGUAUGCCAAUUUGCACUACGCAGCUGAUAGCUUAUGUGCUUUUUUUUUCAUUAGGAUAGAUGAUAAUACUCUCCAACCUCUGAAAACAUUUUAGGAGUCUCUUGGAGUGGUUACUCACACAAAGUUAUCUGAAGCUGUUGUAAUGUGAGUUUUACAGAUGGAACUUGGCCAUGGGAAAUCUUAUUUGUAUCACCACUGCCACCAUUAUGGUCAUAGCUAUCAGAACAGAAAAUAAGGAAGAAAAAGAAUGUAAUGGAAAUUGUGAGGCAAUUACUCGAACAAAAGUGGAAUCCAGUUUUAAUGUCGAAGAGACCAGUUCCACACAGAGGAAUUCAAAGUGUAGAUACCAGUUAAGCUUACUGUCUGUUUUAUACUAAGUACAAUAUAAUGCUUGUUAUGUAAUGCAAGCCUAUACCAUUCUUUAAGAGAAAGAGUCUGUAUUGUAGUGAUAUGCAUCUCCGAAACACAAAGGUAAUUUUUGACAUUGCAGUUGGUGCGCAUUAUAGCAUCAAAAUAUAGAGAUACCUUGUUCUGCUCUUUUUUGUACGUAGAAGUGUAAAAAUAUUGUUGCCCUCUUUUCUCCAGAUCUAAUGUUUAAAAGCCUAUAUACCCUCGUGAUGUACUAACAUGUCAUAUACAUUUGUACUGUACUGUGAAUUUUCACUCUAGAUUGUUGCACCUGUUUACGUAUGUGUGGGACUGUUCCCCAGUCCUAUCAAUUCUUUUACUUAUCGUCAUUUUAAACGUACCAAUAGUUAUCAUAACCCAGAUAUCUUUGCCUUGAAAGAUAAUGGCUAGAGUAUCCCAGGAGUAAGGAAUUGCGUCGAGGGAGGUAUGUACUGGAGUUGAAAAAGGAUGCUUCAUGUCAGGGAUUUGUUAAAGGAUACCAUUGUAAGGAUGGAUGUGCUAGAGACUGCAGGAUUAACUCAGGGACACAUACAAGGUGGUGUUGGAGUUGUAGGAUGUAGGAGAAGUCAUUGUCAGAACAUUUGGAUGAUGUUAUGUCACAGUUCUCUAUUGGCAGCUGAAGGUAUUUUAUGGUUUUCCAUUCAAAAGGUCGCAGCAUCCAUACUGGAAUGUGACACAAAGGAUAUUCAGUCAUCAGUAGAAGUUCAGUGUUUCCUGAUUGAAUGACCUCAUUACUAAGCUGUCAGCUUGAGUGCCCCAGUGGGGCCAAAUGUUUGAAAACCUGCAGUGAAGAAAGGGAAGAAGACAAUUACAGUCAUUUAGUCAUGCCAAGUAUCAUGGCUCUAAGAAGGGAUGCAUCCAAAUCAUUCUCAGUAGAUACCAGUAAAGAAACUGAUUAAAAAUUUGUUGACAAGAUUAGUUCAUUAGUAUUUUGAAUCUGAUACUAGUGAAUGUUGACCAGUUUUCUAUGUUAAAGCCAAGUUCUAUACAUAAUUGAACUGUUCAUAAGAAUGAAUGGAAAUUUGAUAGAAAUCAUCAUCCAAAUCUUACACAUGAUGUUAUAACUUUCUUUGGUUGCAUUUAUUUCACAUUUUACUGCUUGUAACCAAGUUAUAACUUUCACUGGCAGAAUAUUUGUAUACUGUUCAUUCGAUUGCAAGACCAAAACAGAACAAUGUUGAAAUGUAUACUAAAGAAAUGUGCAGUUUUUCUGUUAUAGGCCCCUUUAUGUUCUAUGAAAGGUGUUAACCAAACAAAAGUGCUGAUUGCCUUUGAAGUCUCUGUUGGAAGUAAUAGAUAGUACCCUUGCCAGGCAUGUGAGCAUACUGCUGUGUGCUUCACAGUCUUGAGUGUCCAUUUCUCACGGUUUUAAUCAUACUUCGUGGGAAGAAUUGGAAGUUUUGGAAGUGAAGGAAUGCAGGGAGCAGAUGUUCUUAGUAAUAGAAAAGUUUCAGCUGUAUUGCAUAUCAUCUACUACAUCCUAGGAUGGUUUGCAGAUUCAGUAAUUGGAAACCUCCUCAGGUUCAGGAAAGCCCAACAGCAUAAGAUUAACAAUUUCAGUACUUUCUGGCAUUUUGUCUUUUAUUUUACACAAAGUUUUAGAAAUUGCUUCCAUUCCUGACCACCAUUAUUGAAGGAUGGAAUUCUUUACAUACUCCAGCUUUAUUGUAAGGAAUAUGGGUCGUUAUAUUUCGUGCAUUUUGAUUUAAAGAUGUAGGCAAUACUUGAGUGUUCAUUGUGUUCUAGACUUCUUAGACAAGGAAGUACUCACUUGGCCUCUGUUUGAAAGAGUGGAUAGUUGGAUAAAACUAGUUGCAUUUUCUUUGCAUGUGUACUGCACUAACAACAUGUGAAAACAAUCCUGAUUACUUUAGAUUUGGCUGAUUGGCAUGAAAACUCCGCAGUUGUUUUUGAUGUUGAUGCAGGAAAAUUUUCUGCUAUUUAAUUAUCUCUGCGAACCUUACGCGAGGGCUACGUUCUUUUCUCAUUUUUAUCGCUUGUAGUUUUGUACUGCCAACUCUUGUGCAACAUUAGAGUUUCUCAAGUUUCUGCUGUUCAUAAUUUUACUUUUUCUCCAGAGUUUUUUUCAGCUUUUUGUGCUGCUUUUAUCUAAGCACUGUUUUAUAAUGUUCUGGAAAUUCCCUGUUCUGUAAUGUAUAUGCAAUGUUAGAUACCAUUAUAAACAUAAGUUACUAAGUGUAACUUGCUUUUGUUUUGUUUAAAAUUCUUUUUAAAUGUCUAUCACUAUGAUUUUUUUUUAUUGCAUGUGUCAUUCAUAAUUUCUUGUUGGGAUCUCAUGCCUGUAGUGCUACGUUUGUCUGACAUGACGUGAAUGUGAAACAGACCUUGAGUCUGAUUGGGACAGCUGUAGGUUGCAGUGAGUACCAAAAAGCCUGUCUCAAGUGAACGAUUAACUUCUGUUGAUUGAAAUUUUGUUCCAUAUCCUCACUUUGUCACUAUUUUUGAUGCUUUAAUGUACAUCUUUCUGAGAUCAGAUUUGUCAGAGCUGCUAUUGCUGUACGUACCCUGAGACAUUUACAUUUUUGUCUCGUGGUAAUUUGGUGUUAAGACGAGAUUCUCUCGUAACGCAUUGUGGGUAGAGUAGAGGAACUGGAAGUGUUGGAACAAUUGGUACUCGGUGACAUACAACUGAAAAGGCACUCUUCAAUUUUUCAAAUAUGUAUUGUGUAUAGUGUGUUUGUGAUGUAUAUAAUAGUAAAUACAAUAUUCUACUUUUCAUACUCAAUAGUAUUAUUACAGUGUAAUUCAAUCUAUAUAUAUAUAUUGAGGAUACAAAUCUUGGCUUAACAAGAAUAUAGAACACUGAAGAGUAACGCUAUUGUUACGUGUAGUCCUGGAAAAACAGGUAGAUUAUACAAAGGACGGGCCUUUAACGGUUUCAUCAGUGUUGGCCAAGACAUGGUACGAUAAUGCUUCUUUUCUCUUGCAGUUACUUUGGUUAAUAUGACCUGCUCAUUUUACGUGGAUUGUGCAAAGCUAUAGAGAUAGUGAAUAAGCGUCAGAGACCUUAUCGUCCAAGCUUAUUUGGGGAACUUUUACUUGCUCAAGUGCAGUUUGCCAUUCUUAUGUAGCACCUUGACUCAUAUAAAGAAUGGGAAAUCUAUCAUGCUUCAAGAAAGUAAGGACAGAAAUAGAUACAUACAAAGAAUCUAUGCCAUAAAUAUUUUUUAUUUUAUUAAAUUAUUUUAUAAUCCUAACAUAAGUCAUUUGUUAGACUAGUUGAGUCUUGUGUAAAUAGCACAAACAAUCUACUAGUAUUACUUCUUAUCAACUUUAAUUAGAAUUGGUACAGUUUCUCUUUGUGAAAGUAGAAAACAAUUUUGACCAAAUAUGCGUGCUGUAUUGUCAUUUUAUUAAAUCUGAUUUUAUGGUUGAAUUGCCCAUUUCCUCUUGCAAUGAUAUAAUGCUUACUUGAGCAGUUGCAGUACAGUAUAUCUAAGCUUACGUAGCACUACGUCUGUCGUUGUGCUCAGCCGUUGCGAGCAUGUGCACAUCACGCAUAGUUUCCUCGUGCAUGAGCAGUAUAUAAUUUCUUCAUAUGAUAAAGUGCCUAUUUGUGUCUGCUGCAUGGGUAUAACGUAGGUUUGUGCAUGUGGCCGGCUCAUGCAAAUCUCGUAGUGUAGCAUAACAUGAGUACGAUUAUUAGUGUAAGUACUUCAGGCAUGCUCAUGUGGUCAUUUUUGUACAUUUUCAAUUUUAUAAAUACUUCUACAGUAUUGCGUAUAUUUUCCUCAUUCACUACAGUCUGUAUGAUGUUGCAACGUUUUGUCCAGAUAAGUCAUCCUAUACACACUAUAGGAAGCUGUAGUGUGUGGGUGUUUUGAUGAGGGUAGAAUGCUUUCUGUUUUAUGUAUAUCUGUAUGUUUUGCCAACAAUUAAAAUACUGUAUAAAGUACAAGGGAAUACUUUAUUUAUGUUUUCUUAUGUAUUGUGGGAAUGGAAAAUAUAUAUAUAAUUCUGUGAUAGGAUUAUACAGUAGUCUAUUAUAAAUUUCAUGUUUCCAAUUCACAUAGCUUUUCAAUGAAUGACACGCAGUCAUUUGAAGCCGUUAGCUACGUGGAAGAUAAAAGUGUGUUUCAGCUUUCAAAAUUUGUUAUCUUGCUUUCUAGUUUGGCUGUUACUUUUAGUACCUACUUGAAAAUGUAGCAUUUGUGGGAUACUGCUUUUUUUUUGAGCAUUUGAGUAGAUGUAUACAUAUUUACUUUGUCUUGAUUCAUUCCACAGUGCAUUUUACUUUGGUAAACAUUUACAUAGACGAGGUGUAGACGUCAGACAAUUUUAUGUAGGGAUUAGAGAAAGAGUAGACACACCAGAUUCUUCCCUUAGGUGUAGGGGUAUGUAAUUAGUUUCAUUUGAUGCUACCUCUUGUACUAGCUGGAUCGUGCCUUUAGAAGAACAUACCAUACGUGUAUAGACUGUCAUAAUUAUAUGCUGAAGAUUCAUAUUGAUCUUUAGGUGUCCAGAUAGAGUACAAAACUUUUCUUUUACUUGUGUUACAUAGACUGGUACAGUGUGAAGUUUGCUAAGAAUACGAGUCUUCAUGAAGCAUAAGACAUGUCAUUGUCUUCUUAGUUUAGUGUCCCUUAUGGCAUGGGGCUUCCUUACCCAUCAUUGGCAUAGAAUAUCCUGUUAUCAUUCUAGACUUAGGAUCCCUGCAUACUAGAGGAACUGGGACAUAGGAGCCUGUAUCACUGGAGCCUCUGUAUCCUGACCGGCUGUGACAGGAUUACUGGACAUGCUAAAUAACGCCUGCAUUUAGGAACGGUUGGAAGAUUCCAGACUAACUUCCAAUACUGGAGUAUGAAAAAGGUUAUAUAAGUUUGCUACAAAGAAUAUUAAGCAUUAAAAAAUUUUCCCAUUAGUACCAGGAUUCCAGAGAGCAUUAUCUCAACCAUCAUCUGCCAGCUGAGGUCACUUCUGAAGAAUAUUGGAUGGGUUUAUUUUGUGGGGAUCCAUUGAUCAGUUGCACUUCUUGCAUAUAUAACAUCACUCUUUUUGCUUUUAUUGCUUCCAAUGACUCAAUGCAGCCUGAUUGUCAUGUGGUGAAAUUACAGCAUUGCACCAUCUUUUUUGUAAACUUUUUUUUAUACAAACCACCUUGGAAGCCAGUGACCCUAACACAACCAGAGUCACUGAACAGCAGCACCAAUAAAGCGCCUCAGUGGCGUGAUCGGUAUGGUCUUGGCCUGCCACCUCGGUGGCCGGGAGUUCGAUUCUCGGGCAUUCUACUAAGGGGUUAGAGAUGUGUAUUUCUGGUGAUAGAAGUUCACUCUGGACGCGGUUCGGAAGUCACGUAAAGCCGUCGGUCCCGUUGAUGAAUAACCGCUGGUUCCAUGCAACAUAAAAACACCAUACAAACAAAACAAAACAAAGCAGCACCAAUAUGCAGUAAAUGUACCUCGCUGUCAAACUUCUCAGUUCCGGAGGACCUUUAUUCCUCACGCCAGUUGACUGUGGAACAGCCUCCCAGGCAGCGGAAGUCGUGUAAUUGGAACUUCAGAAGUUGAAGUGAGGUGCAAUACAUUACUACUCUAAUAUUAUUAUCCUUUGCAUUUUAAUGUUUUUAUCUAUUUUUGCGUUAUUAAUUUUGUUUUCGUUUUUAAUAAGUGGGGUCUCUCUCUGUAUUUCCCUUUACCUCGUCUUACUACUUCCUAAUGAACACCUUAAUAUUCUUUGGAAGCUUGAAUUUCCAGUCAAUGGCCCUGUGGGCUUGUUUCUUAUAUAGGCUCACUAGUGCAUUUUGACUAACUCCAGUUGAACAAAACUGCUGAAGAAUAGCAGCCUCAUACAAUUCUUUGAAAGUUUUAGAAUAUUUUCAUCUUUCAUUUUGUUUUACUGUGGGGGGGGCACCCUCCACCCAGCUCAUCUAAAGGGUCCUUCCUCCAUUUGCUUCAGUUUUACAACAGCGAAAUGAUCUUUGUGACGUACGUUUGUUCCAGGAAGGCUUGACAUAUUUCUCACCUGAUGAGGACUAUGUUCUCAGUUAGCAUCAUAUAGUACAGUCUAACACAGCAUAAGUAAAAUAAGAGAUUUUGUAUUUAUGGAAUAUUAUUUUACUUUUUGUAUGUCUGGCAUUAUUGUGUCAUUUAUGUAGUGGGUUACUGUUGCAUGAUAUAGUUUAUUCCACAUGAAUACAAAGUAAUAACUAUUCUCUUAUGCACUCGUAGAUACCCUUAACAAUCUUAACUUGUAAAAGUCCAGUAUUUUAUGUAGUGUUUUUUUAUGAAUUUAAGACAAUCUAGGGAAUGAUAGUCCUAAUGUUGCAUAGACGUUAGUUCGUAAGUUUACCGAUAACUUUCUUAACAUAAUCAUUACCACAAACAUUGAGUGAGGAAGGCCUUCGUACGUGCUGUCAGUAUGUUAUCAGAGUAUUUUCAGCUAUGUGUCUAGCGUCGUCAUCUUUUGUUUGUUCGGUUUGACAAAUUUGCAAACUUAGGUGGUGUGACUUAAAAUGGUAUACGGUAAUGUAGCAUUGACUUACACUGUACAUGCGUAUUUAGCUUCAUGACUUAUACGAGGCAGCCAGUAAAAUGCUUCAGGUUUUGGAAAGUAAAAGCAGCCUGUAGUGGCUAGUAAAGCAAAAUGUUGAAAGUCCCUGUUAAUUUUUGACGAUCAGGAAACAUCAGAGGGAGAAAGUACUAGUUAGAACUGAAGAAGUAGGAGGCUACAAAGCAUGUUAUCAUAUUAGUCUUAGAUAUUAAGGAAUUGGAAUAUAUAUAUGUGCAUUAAUAUCAUACUGUGGCAGUUGCUCCAAGUAGAUCCACAAAGAAGUGCUGUGAGAGAGGUAAUAUGGCGCUUCUUAAAUAAAGAUUGGAAGAUGAUGAUGUUGCAGUCAAAAUUGAAUUUGUCAAGUUGCAUCUGUGGCAUUUUUUGUGUUGAGUGGGAUAGAGCUUAUAUAUAUUUAGUAUAUAUAUGUCUUUCAUGUCAAAGUUUGUGAUGAAAGAGAACUGAAUACUAUGUUGGAACGAGGUCUGUGGUGUUAUUCAGUAACCAUAUAUGCUAUAUGCAAGUUGCUGUCGUAUUGUCAGUAGCAAAGUUGAAAUUAGUGCUGGAUGGACUUUACCCUCUUUGCUGUAAGAGGUUAGGCUGUUGUAGUAUCUUAAAUUUCAUGUGUGCUGUUUUCUCUAUCACUUAAGAGCAUUUAGUGAUUGAAGUGAGGUGUUUAAAAAUGCAUACCCAUAGUGCAACAUAUUGUGCCAUAUUCUAGAUGAGGGCUAAGUUACGCUAGUUGGUAAUAUCAAAUGGAAUUGUUAGUUGAUGUACAAUACUGAUAUAUAACACAGCCAGGUGGUAAAGAGCUAAGUCAAUUGAAUCGACGUUUAGAUUUUCAUUUUUUUUUGCAACCAGGCUUCUUGCAUAAUUUAUUUUGUAGCUUCAAAUUAGCGUAAAAGAAGAAAUUUCAGGUAUCAGUAAAUAAGGUCUUUUUUUGGUUUAGAUAAGUGACAGUAGGUAAUAAGAAAUUCAUGCUACAUGAUUUCCCAGCUACAGUAAGCUUCUGAUAAUGUAAUUUGCAUCCAUAUUGGAGACUGUGAGGCAGCUGCGGGAAAGCAAACCUUGAAUUUGGUUUAUUUGAUUUAACCAGACCGCUCUGUUGGUUAGGUUGAAUUUUUUUUUAAUUGUUAUUAGAAAAUAUUUAAUUUGAAUAUUCUUUACAGAAAUAGCAGUUUGUUAAUUGUACUUUUUACACCUAAGAUGCAUUGUUUAGGUGGUUCAACAUCACUCCUCCCAAAACUCCUCUUGAAAGUUAUGCCAUAGGAAUUACGUUGUCAGAACUUAUUUUCACUACCCACUGUUGUAGAGGUGACGUGCUUUUAUAAUUUUAUCUAGUCUUGAGUAGGUGUAGUAGUCUGCUUUCUUUGAAAGCUAAUGUUUAUUUAGAAGUUACUCUGUCAUUUUUAAAUACUAGUUCAGUACUUGUUCAAAGGAUUUUGCUGUUAACAUGAUGGCAUAUUUAUAUAAUUUUCCAUAUAUCAACCUUAUACUUGCAUGUACUAAUGUGGAAGUUUUAACCAUUUUGUAUAUUAUUUAUAUAUUUUCUCAAGGAUUGACUUGAAUUGUUUUGGUCAAAACUGAAACUGUCUUUAUGCCUUCAGGUGUUCAAGUAGUAACAUGGCUUAUUGAUAAUGCUUUUGUAGCAGAACUUUUUUUGGGUACAAAGGAGAAUGAUUGUAGAAAUUGUGCUUACCAUUACUGCUAUCAUGUUUCUCUUGUGUUUACAUUCUCCAUGCAAGUUUUAUCAAGAUUUCUUUGCUGACAACUGUUUAUAACUUGGUUUAAUGUUGUUAGUAAUUGAAAUUUUUAGGGGUAUUUCUUAAUUUAUGACUCAGUUCGUCCAAGUCUGUCGGGAUUCAGUGUCAAGCAUUUUUCUAAUUCUACCUUUCUGUCAGCUAUGGAAAUAAACUUCAAAUAUCAAUACUUCUUGGACUGCCAGUAAUAAAUAUACUGUGCCUCGUUGGGACUGUGGUUUGCAGUUUUAACUAUUGGUUGCAGUUGAAGAAAUUAUUGUGUCCAUGCCAAGCCAUAAGUUUAAUAAAUGUAUGUGAUACAGAGCUGUUUUGUAUCAAAGAACUAAAAGUUUCCAUACAAUAUUUCGUUGGUGAGUGUUAGUAAACAAGGCAUGGGUCCUGUGAAUAUUAUCAAAGAAAAGUAUGAGAAUACAAUGGUUAUAAAUAAACUUCGGUGUGAGAAUACGAUGGCUAUAAAUAAACUUCAGUCAUAGCACAUGUACACAAUAUGGAGUGAUUAUACAAAAAAAUGAGGUCUGAGUGCAGGAUAAAUGUAUGAAUUACACCAACUUCUAGUAAAAUAAGAAUGACCAGUAAAUCAAGAUAAAGGUUUAGUCUCAUAUGUAUGUACAUAAGAUAUUUGCCUUGUAGCAGUGUCAUGCCAAAAUCUUGGUUGUAAUUUAUACAAACAAUUUGGAAAUUACAAUUAUCCUCUUUUCUGGAAGCCAAACUUCUUGUUAAAAAUCCAUGAAAAUUUCUCCAAGUGUCACAUGAAGUGUUGUCGUAAACUCAAUCAAAUAAGGUGUAAUUAAAUUUAGGGUUUAAUAUUCUUUGCAGAUUAACUGCUAAAUUCCAUUUUGUACAUCAUGUCCGUAGGUCAUUGCAAGUAAAAUUUGUAUUGAAACUUGUGAAACUAAUUGCUAGUCCUAAAUUGUAUAGUCAAACAAGUACCUCCUGAUUUUAGUGUGAAAUUUUUAUUCUUGUAUGUAGAAUUGGUUAACCUUUUCUUUCUAAUUUUUAUUUACAUGCAUGAUUUUAAUUAUUUUUCAAAUUUAUAACAUUCAAAAGAGAUUGCAGCAUAUUAUAUUUUCAGAACAGAAAAUUAAUCAUUGCUGUUUAUAAUUAGUGUAAGUUUGGUUAGCUGGUGUUUUUGUUCCUAUUCAUCCAUGAAACUCCUCUUUUCUUAAUUAUGUUUCAGUGUUCAAAAUGUGUUUGUCUUUGUCACAGUUGUUAUGUGGUGUGAGAGAUUCUUAUAAGGUCUAUGAAUAUAUAAAGUGAUGCCAUAAUUCUGUGUUCUAAUGACUUUAUGAUGUGAUGUUAUUCCAAACGCAGAUUGGAAAAGAAAAAUUGUCAGUUUUAUGAUCAACUUUCAACUACUUGUGACAGUGAGACAGCAAUUAUAGAUAUAUGCUACA